AUGGGGGAAGAACUAGCUAUUGCUGUAAACGAGCGGCUGGUAUGGUUUCUUGCUGUUUCAUUUCUCGUGAUGCUCUCUCUCUUCUUUGCUUCAGCCCCUCCUGCACCGAUACUACCUGGCCACCAUCAUCCUACUCCUGAUAGAGACUGGUUUGGAUCUGAAUUAGAAGAUGUCGCCCCUCCAAACAUUGAAGAAACUGUGACAAUCAGCCAUUCAUCGCAAGGACGCAAUUUGCUUGAAAUGUCCGCCAGACAAUUAAUUGAAGAGGCUGAUACUACACAUCUGGCUACUUGUCAAUGGACGAACUCUGUAGAAUACAUAGACUACAGGCAGGUCACCAUAACCUCCAUGCCCGGAAACCCAUUCGAAAUGGUCUUCAAGGCCGGAACAGACGACGUUGUCUCCUACUCAAUCAUCUCCACGAACCAAUGGGAGGGUCGCGAAGUCCGAUCUGUAAUCGACCGACUUGCACUAGUUGCCAAGAACCGCGGUACGAAUGUCACCAUGCUCGAUAUCGGAGCCAAUAUUGGGUUCUUUUCCCUCUCUGCUGCUGCAUCAAAACCAAGCGUCCCUCCUUAA